UUCUGCAUCUAAUGUUUUCAUUAGGAAACUGGGUGCAACCAAGUCAACGAGGGAAGGAUAAGAGAGCAGGAGAGCGAGCGCAGGGUGAACAGGAAGAGUUGUGGAGGAGAAGAAGAAGAAGAAGCCUUUUUGUUUUCAGCCUGGUUCUGGAUUAGAGGAGAUUUGGGGGGCUGUUUGUGUCUUUACUCUCACACACACUACACGCUUCGUCACCAGCUGUUCGCCAGGUUUCACCAUGACCUGCCCCUCCACCUCCUCAGUUGGACUCAUCUUCCUUCUGAUUGGCUACGCUGCUGCAGGACCUGAACCUGUUGUGCAGCCUCUAGCGGUGCGUUCAAGUGCCUGUCAAGAGCACACAAGCCUUCACAACCGCCUGGAUGUAGUGGAGAAGAGAGUUGAGGACACAGUUGAGACGUUGGAGGUUGAGCUGGCUGCUCUUCUGCAGGCCAUUGAAGCCCCAGAGUGGCGCCCGCUGUUGGACAAUACAGGAAAGACAACAGUGGAUAUCCUGGAGGACCCAGCUGGGCAGAGGUCUUAAAACUAACCAGGCAUCGAUGGAGGAGGGACUCAAGAAGCCUCUUGUUCUUGGACUUUGAAGGAUUAAAUCUGUUUCAAUGACUUAA